UUAUUUUCCCACAAUUCCAUUUCACCGGAAACGGCAGGUUUGAUUACUCGUUGCUUUUACCACGGAUCCGGCGAACUUUCCGUGCGAGAAGCCAGUUGAUAUCGAUUUGGAUUGAGUGGGUGCUCUGCCCAAGAUGUCUUUCCCUCCUCAUCUCAACCGGCCACAAAUAGGCAUCCCAGCGAUGCCGCCAGGAAUCCCUCCACCACAGUUUGCUGGGUUUCCACCGUCGAUGCCUCCCGGAACCCCAAUGAUUCCUGUCCACAUGGGGAUUAUGACUCAAGCCCCUGCGGUUCUCGUGCCCACGGCGAUGUCUGUGGUUAGUAAAGUUGCUGUUCCCAGGAAGGAAAGCGCUGCUCAGGCAAAAGACAACCAUGACAGCAGCGGCCCCACGACCACCGUAUUUGUGGGCAACAUCUCUGAGAAAGCGUCUGACAUGCUCAUCAGACAGCUGCUGGCCAAAUGUGGUUUGGUAUUGAGCUGGAAACGAGUUCAAGGUGCCUCAGGGAAACUCCAAGCGUUUGGUUUCUGUGAGUACAAAGAGCCUGAAUCUACUCUACGAUCUCUACGGCUGCUGCAUGAGCUGCAGAUUGGAGAAAAGAAACUUCUGGUCAAAGUCGAUGCCAAAACCAAAGCACAACUGGAUGAGUGGAAAGCACAGAAGAAGAGCACCAGUGAAAAUGGAAAUGGCAAGGCAGAGGAUGGUGCUGGUGAAGAGGAGGUUCUGGCUGAAGAAACGAAGAAGCGGGACCAAAUUGUCAAAGGUGCCAUUGAUGGCCUGAUCCGGGAGUAUUCAAACGAGCUCAACGCUACAUCACAAGACGAUGAGUCGAGUCGCCGCAAAAAGAGGAGAGAAAAGAAGGACGAGGAUGACAUCAGUGCCAUGGAAAUGGAAGAUGAUAAAAGAGAUCUGAUUUCCAGAGAGAUCAACAAAUUCCGCGAUACACACAAGAAAUUGGAAGAGGAAAAGGGGAAGAGAGAGAAGGAGAGGCAGGAGCUGGAGCGGGAACGCAAGGAGAGAGACAAGGACCGCGAGAGGGAGCGCGAACGACGAGACCGCGAGCGGGAGAAGGACCGAGAGAGGGAGCGGGAGAGAGAGCGGGAGCGUGAGCGGGAGAGAGAGAGAGAUCGAGACCGCGAGCGCACGAAAGAGCGCGAGAGGGAGAGAGAGAGAAGCCGCGAUCGCAGCGAAGACCGCAGUCGAUCCAGAGAACAGAGUCGCGAUAGAGACCGAGAUAAGGAGAAGAAACGUGAUCGUGAGGAAGAUGAGGAAGAGGCGUAUGAACGGCGUAAACUGGAGAGGAAGCUGCGAGAGAAAGAGGCGGCAUAUCAGGAGCGUCUGAAGAACUGGGAGCUCAGAGAGAGGAAGAAAGCCAGAGACUACAGCAAGGAGAUGGAGAGAGAGGAGGAACGCCGGCGUGAGAUGGCUAAAGAAGGGAAGCGGCUGAAGGAGUUUCUGGAAGACUAUGACGAUGACAGAGACGACCCAAAAUACUACAGGGGCAGCGCUCUUCAGAAGCGUCUGCGGGACCGAGAGAAGGAGAUGGAGCUGGAUGAACGUGACAGGAAGCGGGAGAAGGAAGAGCUGGAGGAGAUCAGGCAGAGGCUGCUAGCAGAAGGACAUCCUGAUCCAGACGCUGAGCUGCGCAGGAUGGAGGAGGAGGCAGAGCGUCUGCGGCAGCCGCCCCUGAAGCCCGAGCCCGAGGAGGAGAGAGAGCACAAGCCCUCUCGAGAAGAGCUUGACAGAGGCAGGGAGAGAGACUGGCGCAAGGCUCACGCUCAUGCUCACGUUCACGUUCACACUCCCGUCCCCUCAGACGAUGAUGUAGAGGAAGGGGAGGAGCUAGAGGACGAAGAGGAGGUGAAACCCUGCCUCAAACCCACCAUGCGGCCCAUCAUGUCCGCCCCCUCUGUGUCUUCAGCGAGCGGAAACGCCACGCCCAACACGCCCAGAGAAGAGUCGCCCUGCGGCAUCAUCAUCCCUCACGAGAACUCGCCGCCGGAGAACCCGCUCCAGGAGGAGAACCGGCCCAAGAUCGGCCUUAGCCUCAAACUAGGUUCAAGCGGUAGCCCAGGACAGCCCAGCGUAGCCAAGCGGAAGAAGCUGGUGGUGGAGAGCGUCUUCAACCGCUUUGACGAUGACGAGGUGGACGAGGCACCUCGGAAGAGGAAGCUGGUGCCUUUAGACUACGAGGAUGAGGAGAAGGGAGUAGACAUGAGCAUGGCGGCCGGCGGCAAAGGAGUCAAUACAGAAGAGAAGCGCAAACACAUCAAGAGUCUGAUCGAGAAGAUUCCCACGGCUAAACCAGAGCUCUUCAACUACCCUCUCGACUGGUCCGUCGUCGACACGGCACUUAUGGAGAAGCGUAUUCGACCGUGGAUCAAUAAGAAGAUCGUAGAGUACAUUGGUGAAGAAGAAGCCACAUUAGUUGACUUUGUUUGCUCCAAGGUAAUGGCCCACAGCACACCUCAAGGCAUCUUGGACGACGUUGCGAUGGUGCUGGAUGAAGAGGCCGAGGUCUUCAUAGUUAAAAUGUGGAGGUUAUUGAUUUACGAAACUGAAGCCAAGAAGAUCGGCCUCGGGAAAUGAACAAGCAGCGAACGCCCAUGAACUUUGCUUUUUACUUCCCCUUUGGGCCGGACAGCUCAUCUAGAUUUCAAAACAACUUGGGAAACUCGACCAUUUGUGACCUUUGGAGUUAAUUCAUAUUGAGCCGCGUCCCAGACGCCUCCGUAAGAGCAGCAGCAGCAGCGACGAGUACCGAGAGGAAGAGGUUUGGUUUCUCAGGGCCUUCCUGUUGAAUCCGUCUUCAGCGUAGCUACGUCUCGGCCGCUUAGCGCUUCUUUCUGUGAGGAAGCCAUUGUAAAUUGUUACUGUAAUGAUUGCCAAUCUCGUCUGGGUUGUGAUUUUACCGUUUCUGUUCUUUUGGUCGCUCUCACCAACCGAACCAAAGAGUUUUCCCCAGUUGUUUCUCUAAAACUAAAGCAGUUGUGAUUGGACCCCGACACUGUUCAGAAGCUCUCGCUAAACUGAUUGACAUCAAAACGAUUGAUUGUCUUUGUUUUUGUACUUAUCAGUGGAUGUGUUUUGAAUAAAAGUGAAUCUUUUUUUU